GUAUAAAUCAUUCCACCCCCUCUCUUUAACUCUACUCAAAUUAUCUUGAGUCUGCCAUCUGUUUCCUGCAGAGCCUGGCAGGAAAAAGCUUACCAAACUUGAACAGAAAAAGGCAAUAUGGCUUCUAUUGGAGAGGAAGACUGGACACAGAAGGCAGGGCUGGCUCAUGGCCAUCAGGAGUCUAGAUGGGGUGGUGGGGUUGGUAGGUGCAUGGUGUGAGUGCACCGGAAGUGAAUGGUGAAUGAACUAGUUAGGGAAAGCCUAAAUGUUCGGGAUGUCCACCAGCAGGCCCAUCUUCACAGGCUGUCUGUGUUCUCUCCCCGCAGGAUGAGGGAGUCCCCGGGGCGCGAGGAGUCGGAGGCGGGCAUGGAGGCCCCGUGUACCGCGUCCUGCCACGCGCAGCGCAUCCUGCAGACGCUCAACGCGUACCGCCGGAGCGGCACCCUCACCGAUGUGGUGUUGCGCGCCGGAGGCCGCGACUUCCCGUGCCACCGCGCGGCGCUCAGCGCGGCCAGCGCCCACUUCCGCGGCCUGUUCGCGGCCGGCCUGCCAGAGCGCGCGGCGGCCGUGGUCCCGGUAGGGCCGGAGACGCCGGGGACGGCGGCAGCACUGGCUGUGGUGCUCGACUACGUGUACGGCGCGGGCGUGCGGCUGCGCGCCGAGGACGAGGCGGCCGCCGUGCUUGCGCUGGCCGAGCGGCUGGGCGUGGCCGGGCUGCGCGAGGCGUGCGCGCGCUUCCUCGAGGGCCGCCUGCGCGCCGCUAACAGCCUGUCCCUUCGCCGAGUCGCCGCCGCUUUCUCCCUUGCCUCCCUGGCCGAGCGCUGCGGCCGCGUGCUGCGCCAGGCCUUCGUGGAGGUGACGCGCCAUGCCGACUUCUUGGAGCUCGCGCCCGACGAGGUAGCGGCGCUGCUGGCCGACCCCGCGCUGCGCGUGGCACGCGAGGAGGCCGUGUUCGAAGCGGCCAUGCGCUGGGUGCGCCACGAUGCGCCGGCCCGCCGCGGGCAGCUUCGUCGCCUCCUGGAGCACGUGCGCCUGCCGCUGCUGGCGCCCGCCUACUUCCUGGAGAAGGUGGAGGCGGAUGAGCUGCUGCAGGCCUGCGGCGACUGCCGCCCACUGCUGCUUGAGGCCCGUGCCUGCUUCAUCCUGGGCCCCGAGGCAGGCGCUCUGCGGGCCCGGCCGCGGAGGUUCAUGGACUUAGCUGAAGUGAUCGUGGUCAUUGGCGGGUGUGACCGAAAGGGGCUCCUGAAACUGCCUUUUGCGGAUGCUUACCACCCAGAAAGUCAGCGCUGGACCCCACUGCCUAGCCUGCCUGGCUAUACGCGCUCAGAAUUUGCCUCCUGUGCACUUCGAAAUGACAUUUACGUUUCUGGAGGUCACAUCAACAGCCGUGAUGUCUGGAUGUUUAGCUCCCAUCUGAACACCUGGAUCAAGGUUGCCUCAAUGCACAAGGGCAGGUGGAGGCACAAGAUGGUGGCCCUGCAGGGACAGCUCUUUGCAGUGGGUGGCUUCGAUGGCCUGAGACGCCUGCGCAGCGUGGAGCGCUAUGACCCGUUCUCCAACACCUGGGCGGCCACAGCGCCCCUGCCGGAGGCCGUGAGCUCUGCAGCCGUGGCGCCCUGCGCUGGCCAGCUCUACGUGAUUGGAGGCGCCGGGCAGGACGGUGUCAAUACUGACAAGGUGCAGUGCUUUGACCCCAAGGAGGACCAGUGGAGUCUGCGGUCACCGGCACCUUUCUUGCAGCGGUGUCUUGAGGCUGUCUCCCUGGGAGACACCAUUUAUGUGGUGGGAGGCCUCAUGAGCAAAAUUUUCACCUAUGACCCUGGCUCGGAUGUCUGGAGAGAGGCAGCUGACCUGCCCAGCCCUGUGGAGAGCUGUGGCGUGACGGUGUGUGAUGGGAAGGUCCACAUCCUUGGUGGGCGCGACGAACAUGGAGAAAGCACCAAUAGUGUCUUCACCUUUGACCCUGGCAGUGGGCAGGUGGAGGCCCAGCCGUCCCUGCAGCGCUGCACCAGCUCUCAUGGCUGUGUCACCAUCGUCCAGAGCCUGAGCAGAUGACUCAGACUGGGACAGCCUCAGCCAGGAGGCAUGGCACUUGCCCCCCCUGCUGGAACCUCCAUGUGAACAGCCCUUUAACUUAUUUCCCCUCUUACAGAAAUAAAACCUUUUUCAAAAGCUG